CAUGAGUAUGAGUAGCCAUAUUAGCCUAGCACAUUACAUUUGAUAUAGAAGCGCAAUGGCUGCAGUAAAAAUUCCUCAUAUGAAUGCAGGAGAUGGAGAAACUAGCUACGCCAAAAACUCUCUCCUACAGAAAACAGUGAUAUUGAAGGUGAGGCCAUUCCUGGAAGAAACUAUCAAAGAUAUGUUCAGCUCCUCUUCCCCAACUUGUUUUAAAGUUGCAGAUUUAGGAUGCUCAUCAGGACCUAAUACCCUUUUGGUCGUAUCCGAAAUCAUAGACAUCAUUCAAGGAAUAUGCCACCAAGUCAACCGUAAAUCACCUGAGUUUCAAGUGUUUCUCAAUGAUCUCCCAGAAAAUGACUUCAACAGCAUCUUUAAGUCUAUUCCUGCUUUCUACGAGACUCUCAAGAGGGAGAAGUCAGACAAUUUUGGAGCUUGUUUCAUUUCAGGAUUGCUUGGUUCCUUUUAUGAUAGGCUCUUCCCAACCGCCACUUUACAUUUUGUGCAUUCUUCCUACAGUGUUCACUGGCUCUCUAAGGUUCCGGAAAAUCUCGAGAACAACAAAGGGAAUAUAUACAUGGCAAAGUCAAGCCCUCCUAGCGUGUAUAAAGCUUACUUGGAACAAUUCCAGAAGGAUUUCUCACUAUUUCUAAGCUUAAGGUCUGAAGAAAUUAUUUGUGGAGGACGUAUGCUUCUCACUUUCUUUGGAAGGAGUGUCGCAGAUCCCUGUAGCAAAGACUGCUGUUACCUUUGGGAGCUGCUAACAAAAUCCAUUCUUGAAUUGGUUGAUGAGGGGCUGGUUGAAGAGUCGGGAUUGGAUUCAUUCAAUUUGCCACUUUAUACACCAUAUGCAGAGGAAGUAAGAGAGAUUGUUGAAAAUCAGGGAUCCUUCAAUCUUGAGAAGAUAGAAAUUUUUGAGGUGAAUUGGGAUCCCAAUGACGAUGUAGACAACAAAAAAUUUGUUUUCAACAAGAAGAAAAGUGGAAAAAGUGUUGCAAGUUGCAUUAGAGCUGCUACAGAACCCAUUCUUGCUAGUCAUUUUGGAGAGGGUGUGACAGACACUUUGUUCGCUAGGUACGCAAAACAUGUGGCUGAGCAUCUCGCUUUGGAGAAGACCAAAUUCAUCAAUAUAGUUGUCUCCAUAACGAAGAAGCAAACUGCCCAUCACGUUAACAUAACAUAUAUAAGUAAAACUAAAGUGCAUUGGAUAAGUGAACUUUUUAUUAUGUAAUUCUGUUGCCAGUUUG